AUGACUACAAGACAACAAGAAUUAGAUUUGAAAAUUGUUAAUGCUCCAAAUAAAACUCAAUAUAGAGUUUUAUCAGCAGUUACAAAAGUUCCUAAGGGUAAAGUUACUACUUAUGGUCAUAUUGCCGAAUUAAUUGGUAAACCAAGAUCUUAUUCAAGAGUAGUUGGUCAAAAUUUGAAACAUUGUAAAUUAAUAAUAAAACAAUUGAAUGAAACAUUGGAUGAUGAAUCAAAAAAAAUUGAUCAAAAUUCAUUUCCCUGGUGGAGAAUUUUAUCACAAGGUGGUAGUUUAGCAAAACGUGGAAAUAGUGGAGAAGCAAAACAAAAGACAAAAUUAGAAGAAGAAGGUUUGGAGUUUGUUGGUUCUGGUAAUAAAAAACAUAUUGAUAUGAAAGAAUAUGGUUGGUUCCCAAGUAAAGUUGAAUAUAAAGAUGUUAAAGAUGAAGAAGUUGAUUUUGAUAAAGAAGAAUAA